UGUUGUACUUGUCACUCAGCUAUCCCAGGAAUUUAACACGACAUGGUAUCAGCUAGUUCGCCACAAUAAGGACGCUUUUAUUUAAACAACGUCCAUUUUACCGAGAAAGACCAAUACAUUAUCGUCGUCUAACAGUGGGGAAAGUCAUAAGGAAACGCGCAGCUGCUGAUGCUCUGACGGUGUGCUCAUGUCCCCCAAAUGUGAUAUCAGUCUUUAAGAAGACACCUUCAAGCCUCGGCUGCAUCCUCGACCUGUGUGACACCCUCUUCAUCCCCCUCCAUCGUCACCGUACAUGCUCUUACAUGAAGAGAGGAGAGAAACCAGAGGGAUACAGGCAGAGACCCAAGACGUUCCCGACCAGCAACUACAGCGGCAACAGCCAACAGAUGCUGCAGGAAAUACGGAACAGCUUGAAGAACUUGUCAAAACCCUCUGACCCACCUAGAGUGGAUAUUGUUGGGAAAAUGCUCCCGGAGGACAUCAUGAGGCAACCGGGGCGAUGCUUUAACCCCAAGAACCCUCACCACAAGGCCUUACAGGAGAUCCGUGAGUCCCUGAUGCCGUUUGCCAAUGAGGCCAGCACUUCAGCUGAGCUCAACAAACACAUGCCGAUGGAGCCUCCAUUUGCUGGCUUUGAGGAGCAGGCUCCUGGUCGCAGUGUAGGGCCAGCUGUGGACUACAUGACGAAGGUGACCUACCAGGACUCAAUCAGGGAACAGAUGGUUGCCAACCCGAGCUCAACAUGCCUCAAACCCUCAGGUGGUGCUCACAUGCAGCAGUCCCUACUGAGAAGGCCCAGCUGGAAGGGCUCUAAAGAGUCCCUGGCUCCUCGCCAUGCGAUGAUGUACCGCUCGGAGAGUCCUGGGCCCCCUCCUGCCUUUCCACAGGGUCACCCCGCCAACCAGAGAGUCAACCCUCCCCUGCCACCUCAGGUGCGCAGUGUCACACCUCCCCCCAUUCGUGGACCGAUGCCUCCCACAUCUUCAUGGGACAACAACCCGUCAACCAAGCGUUACUCUGGCAACAUGGAUUAUCUUGUGCCCCGCAUCUCCCCAGUACCUCAGGGGGCCUGGGCUGAUGGCUACCAAGCCUCCUCAUCUCAGAAUCAGCGUGGGAUCAGCCCAGUGCCUGUGGGCCAUCAGCCCAUCAUCAUGCAAAGCUCUGGGGGAAAUAAGUUCACCUUCCCACCUAGCUGGUCUCAGAACGGCACCCCUCAGGCAGACUACAUGACAGGAAGCAGCAGGCAGCCUCCUCCCCCCUACCCGGUCAACCAGAGCUGCCGGCACAGCCCCACUGACCAGCAGAUGCAGGCAGGUGGACCCGCCUCUUCUCCAUCAUACGUUAAUGGUGGGAACAUCCCUCAGUCCAUGUUGGUCCCCAAUCGAAACAGUCACAACCUUGAGAUGUACAACUUAGGUCCUCCCCAUUCUUGGUCUCAAGCCCCCCUUGGCCAAAGCCAGCCCCAGUCUUCAUCAGGCAACAGCGGCAACUUGGAUCUGUCUCCAUCGUGGCAGAGCAACAUGCCAGUGCGCUCCAAUUCCUUCAACAACCACCAGCUCAACAGCAGAACGGCCCACCCUGCCAGCUCACAACCGUCGGCCACUACGGUCACCGCCAUCACGCAGGCUCCCAUCCUGCAGCCCGUUAAAAGCAUGCGAGUCCAGAAACCGGAGCUGCACACCGCAGUUGCUCCCACGCACCCGCCAUGGAUGCAGCAGGCUGCGCCGCCUCCCACUGCCCCUGCCUACACGGAGCCCUCAGCUCCUGUUCCUCAGAUUCCCGUCGUAGCAGAGGCACCCAGUUACCAGGGCCCCCCUCCACCCUACCCUAAGCACCUCCUCCAACAGCAAGCCGCGCCUUCUCCCCCCGCGUACGAGCAAGGCGCCAGUAAACACAGCGCUGGCAGGGAGGAACCCGCUGAAGACGAGGGCAACGUCGGAGACAACACACGGGACAAGGUGGCAGACAGCCCGGAGAGCAACACAGAAAAGGAGAAGAAGCAGAUCACAACAUCGCCUGUUCCCGUGCGCCGCAGCAAGAAAGAUGAGGAGCGGAGGGGGGAGUCGGGCCGAGUGGCUUUGUACUCGCCGCAGGCCUUCAAGUUCUUCAUGGAGCAACAUGUGGAGAACAUCCUGAAGAACCAUCAGCAGCGCAUCCGGAGGAGGAAACAGCUGGAGUGUGAGAUGCAAAGGGUUGGGUUGUCGUCAGAAGCUCAGGAGCAGAUGCGCAUGAUGCUCUGUCAGAAGGAGUCCAACUACAUUCGACUGAAGCGAGCCAAGAUGGAUAAAUGCAUGUUCAAACGAAUCAAGACCCUCGGCAUCGGGGCCUUCGGAGAGGUGUGCUUGGCCCGCAAAGAGGACACGGGGGCGCUGUACGCCAUGAAGACCCUCCGUAAAAAGGAUGUGCUGCUCAGGAACCAGGUGGCCCACGUCAAAGCCGAGAGGGACAUCCUGGCCGAGGCCGACAACGAGUGGGUAGUGCGUCUCUACUAUUCUUUCCAAGAUAGGGACAACCUGUACUUCGUCAUGGAGUACAUUCCCGGUGGGGACAUGAUGAGCCUUCUCAUCCGACUGGGCAUCUUUAAGGAAGAACUGGCUCAGUUCUACAUUGCCGAGCUCACCUGCGCCGUGGAGAGCGUGCACAAGAUGGGCUUCAUCCACCGCGACAUCAAGCCUGACAACAUCCUCAUUGACAGAGACGGACACAUUAAGCUCACCGACUUUGGCCUUUGCACUGGAUUCCGCUGGACUCACGACUCCAAGUACUACCAGAGUGGGGACCACGUGAGGCAAGACAGCAUGGACUUCAGCAAGGAAUGGGAAGAUCCAGCCAACUGCCGCUGCACUGACCGUCUGAAGCCUCUGGAGCGGAGAAAGGCCAGACAACAUCAGCGCUGCUUGGCACACUCGCUGGUGGGGACGCCCAACUACAUCGCGCCAGAGGUUCUGCUCAGAACAGGGUACACCCAGCUGUGCGACUGGUGGAGCGUGGGUGUGAUUUUAUACGAGAUGGUGGUAGGACAGCCCCCCUUCUUAGCAACAACACCCCUGGAGACGCAGCUGAAGGUGAUCAACUGGAAGAGCACGCUGCACAUCCCCCCUCCCGCCAAGCUCAGCCCGGAGGCGUCCGACCUCAUCGUGAAGCUGUGCCGCGGCCCGGAGGACCGCCUGGGCAGGAACGGCGCCGACGAAAUCAAAGCCCACCCUUUCUUCAAGACCAUCGACUUCUCCAGCGACUUGCGGCAGCAGGUGGCGCCGUACAUCCCCACCAUCGCUCACUCCACGGACACGUCCAACUUUGACCCCGUGGACCCCGAGAAGCUGUGGAGCAGCGACAGCGACGGCGAGGACGACCUGGGCGACAUGGGCUGCUGGUUCCGCAACGGCAAGCACCCCGAGCACGCCUUCUACGAGUUCACGUUCCGACGCUUCUUUGACGACAACGGGCACCCGUACAGCUGCCCCAAACCCAUCAAAUACGAGGGCCUCAACGAGGACGAAGCGGACUCCGAAGGCACCGAGCAGGAGGACGCCAGCAGCCAGUUGGCUCAGGGCCGAGACCUGGUUUACGUGUAGGCCCCGGGACCUACUAGAACCACUUGAGAGGUACUUUAGUAGGAAAGUGUCCACUGCAGCAGGAAAUGAACCUGCCUACAUUGAUUAGCAUUUGACUUCUUCUUUCUAUUGGCUCCCAAAAUGCGUAAUUUAUUGACGUUAGCGUGGGUACUUUGAUGUAAUUUAUUAUGUGCUGCAAUGGGGACUUAGCCACAUCAUAGAUAAGUAUUGAUUGCUCCAAUUUCUGAUUUUUUUUCACCAAAUAUAACGAGGGUUAACUAUCAGUCUCGGCGUGUGUAGAAGUAGCCGCUUGAUUGCUCUGUUGAACUACUAGUAGCUUUUGUUGGAAUUGCUCUAAUUUAUACCCAUAUUUAUAAAUGAACUUGUACACAGGUGAUGUAAAUAUGUUAUUUCUCUCCCUAAGGGCAGGCCCUCUUCAGUGUCCACUCAUGCUGCCUUCUUCUUACACUUUAACUUAGUGGUAGUCACCUGUCAACCAAAGCACUACGUAGAUAGGCGGGGCUUGUAACGUUCUCACUUCCUGUCCCGAAGAAACACAUCAGCUGUCAUUUCUAUACGGGACAGAUGAUUCCAUCGCCUUCACUCUUUGUACUCUGAAUGUAGGUUAGACUUCAUUGGCCUUGUGCACUGGUUGUGUGUUGUAUCUGUGUGUACAUUGUUGCUCUGAAAGGUUACGUACAUGCGGGGGAAGACGGUGAUGAUAAAUCAAGAAUGUAAAGAACAAAACGUGUUUUACACAUGCAAACAAACCAUGUAUUCUUGUUAGUAGUCCAUCAUAAAAACUGACUGAGCGCAAAACGCUUGGUUUUGUCCCAACUUUGUUCAGACACACACAUUUUCCAUCUUAUCAGGGAUAUCCAUCUCAUUUUUUAUGGGGCCGGACUUCUUGAGGUGCUCCGAUCGAUCGGCCACCGGUCGGUAUCGGCCGAUUUCCGUGAAAGAUCACGAGAUAAGUGCUUUUCAAAGACGAUACCUGUGGCUUUGGUUCAGCGUAGCGUCUUAACCUGACUGGCGUCUUUGGCAGCGUCGUCCUCUCACUAUCCCCUCCCACAAAACAAUGGCAAUCAUGUCUGCAGUGUGGACACCUGCCACGGAAACGAUCUAGUGGUGGUACGUAAAAAGCCGUAAUACCGCAUUUGAAGAGCAAACAAUUGACUGAGUAUAGUGUGAGUUUUCCAGGCCCACGGUGUGAUCAUUCAGAAGGCAGCUAACACUCGCGCGUGGGACAGUCAGAAGUCCAAGCUAAUAACCCGAAAGAUAAUUAAAUUCAUCGGACGAGAUGAGGAACCUUUCUCAGCAGUGGAAGUCCUUUCUCACGUACCUGGACGUUCCACCAGUGUCUCGCGUCCAAAGUCUCCUCUGGAAGUUUCAGCAUGCAGUGACAUCCAGUAUGUGCUCUUCAAAAAGUAAGUCGAAUAUGUUUUUGUCGAAGGUGAUUUUGUUCUCAUUUCAUAUCACAUUGCCAGUAGCAGGAGCGCACCCUGGAAUUCUGGGUCCCAUGAAAAAAAAACAAUGACUCAUUUUAUUAGUAAUUACGUAUUUUUUGGGGUCCACUGGGGCAAUCAAGGGACCUUAGAAUUGUCCAGACUUUUAGACUUUAACCCCUUUAUACGGCACCCCUAGCCAAUAACAUUCAUGAUAAAUAGAUAGAAACAUGUAUAAUUAAUCCAUGUGAUCGGUAUCGGUCGAUUUCAGUCCUGGAUGAUCGGUAUCAAUUGUCAGCAUAAAACUCUGAUCGGAGCAUCCAUAAUUUUAUAUUUUUAACCCACCAAAUGGCUAAUACUGUCAUCAGAAAUUAAAUCAAAAGCAAAGAUCCUCUACAUGACAGGAGCGUCCUGCUGUGCGUCAAUCUGCUGUUUUUAAAUACUAGUGACUAGUCAAAAGAUCCUGUCUAUGGCAGGAGCACUCUUGUCAUGAAGGGCCAACUGCAAAACAUUAGUCAAAGAUCCUCUGUAUGACAGGAGCUACUGAUCCAAAUUUUAAGAGCAGUUGAAAAGAAUUUACAUUUCAGGUUCUAUAACCAUGAGGAUCUUUUAAGAAGCCUUCAGCUCUUCCUUUUGUAGCUCAACAAUCUGAAAGCGUUUUUGCCUUUGCCAUCAAGAGUGCAUGACAGUGUGAAUACCUGACAGAAAACGACUGAUUCUGGCUUUUAAAGGCUGUGGUCAACUUUUGAUCAGCUGGUGAACCGCCCAUUGUUUGCAAUAACUGCUUACUCAUGUUUUGUCUCGCUCUCAUUUCUUCUUUUCACAUUUUUAAGCUGUUUAGAGCUGCAAUAAGAUCCAACAGUACCAAGUGUGUACUGCAAAAACGUCACAGUACAAAAGUUUUGGUAUCUAGGAAUCUACUGCAAAAAUGUUAGUCAAGCCCAGCUUUUGAACUAAACUGGUGGGCCGCUAGUUGACUAGUAUUGCAUAUUGUAUACAUAUUGGUGAACAUGUCAAAAGAACACAGUGCACAGCAUGAAAGACAAACAAGUUAACUUAAACAAGCUUAUUUUUAAUGGAUCUGCAAAAUUGUUUGAAUUUCCAAAGAGAACUUGUGAACCUCCCGCCCAAAGUUACCCAGUGGCACACCUCGCAUAAUCUUACAGAAACCUUUCCAACCCAAAGAAAUCUGCAUGCAGGUAAAACAAAACAACCCUGAUGGGGGGGGGACCAACAAAAAAGUGAAAAGAAGGUAGAAAUGAAAGAUAAUAAACAGGACACAUAAUUGCUGUUCUCUGGCUGGAGGAGAAAUUCAAACGCUUCGGCAUCAGUUUGGCUCCGCACAAGAAGCGCAAACGGACGAGUUAUAUUAAAGUGUAAUUUCAUUGGGUGGAUGUGGCUCCGCCCACUCCACAGCCCCCGCCCCUGUCUUCCAUAUAAGGCACAGGACAAAAUAAACCCCAAUACAAAAGGAGCUAGCCACGCCUCCGUCGCUUGGUAACAAAUUGUAAUCGUUGAGCAAAUACUUGACAACACAAACCUAUGAGUGUACAAAACAUUUCAGCCCCUACUUUUUUUUUUUUCCUUUUACCCUAGUUUGACUUCCUCUGACUGAGGGUGAUUUCAUGGACAUUGUGGGGGAUGGGGGGUGAAGGGGGGUAAGGAAAUAUUAAAAAUAUGAGCUUGUCUUCCUUUUUUUUUUUUU